CUUGCUUGUAACUUGUAACAGCAAUCUGGAACAAUCUUUCUGCUUUGGCUGUACUAGACAUUCUCUGUACCAAAGACGGUUGAUAACCAGAGUUGGUUAACUAUAGAAUCUUGUACAAAAAAAUAAAAAAGGAUACCUUAUUGUAACGCCUGUAAUAUUGUGAUAGCUAGCUAAUGUAGCUAAGUUCUUUCCAUUGCGGCAAGUUCAGUGAGUUGCAAACAAACGUAUGCAAAAUACUACAUAAGGAAUGCCCUCGUGUUGGUUAGUAAGUGAGGAUGACAGUCAUAAACCAAUCAAGUUACCCCACCUGGAAGCAGUGUUUUUGGGUCGAGGGCCGGAGACGAAAAUAAAAGACCAGAAAUGCUCAAGGGAACAAGUUGAGCUGAAGGCAGACCACAACAAGGGAUACAUCAUUGUAAAACAGUUGGGCGUCAAUCCUAGCAGUGUUGAUAUGGCAGUCAUUGGAAGAGGAAACCAGGUGAAAAUGAGGACUAAACAGCGUCUUUGCUUGGUCAACCAGCUUUAUCCAUACACUGCAUGUUUCAAGGAGGACUCUUCCGGCCUGUCUAGCAAGAACAGUAGUAAAGGCUCCAAAAGACCCCACCAACACGAGGAAUCAGGAGAGGCUGCCCAUGAUGGGGCUCACAGAAAUAAACAACCAACACUUGAGCACACAGUGCAGGAUACUACCCUGCAUGUACAUGCAGCCAAAGGCCCAGGCCAGUCUGGAGGAUCAAGUGCUGCCCUUACCCUAAAAAAGCCUGAGCAUUCCAAUGCCCAUAUGGAAGGUGGAGGCCACUGGAGUCAGGGCUUAAAGGCGUCAAUGCAGGACCCAAAAAUGCAGGUCUAUAAGGAUGACCGCGUGGUCGUCAUUAAGGACAAGUACCCAAAGGCGCGGUACCACUGGCUUGUGCUGCCCUGGGAGUCCAUCCCCAACCUCAAGGCCCUCCGAGCUGAGCACAGGGACUUGCUGGUGCACAUGCAGGGUGUGGGCCAGAAGAUGGUGGAGCAGUGUCCAGCUAUUCAGCUUCGCUUUCGCCUGGGCUACCAUGCCAUCCCCAGCAUGAGCCAUGUCCAUCUUCAUGUCAUCAGCCAAGAUUUUGACUCGCCAUCCUUGAAAAACAAAAAACACUGGAAUUCGUUCACUACAGAUUACUUCAUUGAAUCUCAAGAAGUAAUCACCAUGCUGGAGCAUAAUGGAAAAGUGAGCGUAAAGGAAGGGAUGGCGGAGCUGUUGAAGCUGCCUCUGCGUUGCCAUGUGUGUGAAAAGGAACAAGCCACCAUACCCAAACUGAAGGAGCAUCUGAAAUGCCACUUCACAGUCUGACCUCAGUUCAGUACAGAGCUCAUUUUCAUUGUUAUCUGUGUUACACUAUUCUGUAUUUACCGGACUCUUGUUGUCCUACAGUACUUCGUCAGAGCUGUAAUUAUGUUUUCAAGUAUUUGAAGCUGUUGUAUUGCAGAGUAAUGCUGCAUAAAGUUAGUUUGUUCUGUUUAUGAUGAACACUUUUACUAAUAGUUGUAACAACAAAUAAAUACAUUUGUGUUUCCUAGAA